AUGACGAAGAAAUACCAUCUUCUGCCUCCGGUUUUUCUACCGCAGUACAAUCUUCAAAAGGAUCACAUUCAACUCCAUCAUCUGCUAACAAAAUGCCAAUUGAAGAUCUUAUUGAUUGUCUAUCGCCUAUUUCUGGCCGCCAAUAUUCAUUAGCCGCCUAUGAUGGGUACAAAAAAAGGGUUUCCAUUAUCUUUAACCAUGAAGAUUGGGGACAUUGUACGAGCUGGUUAGUCUCUCUUUCAUCUUUACAAAGCAAAAUUCCAUUAUUGCACAAGCCGGCCACUACCUUUUGCCCGCCAAAAAAUCCAGCCACAAACAUUAUAAUGAUUGCUCAUGGUACGGGAAUAGCUCCUUUCCAUUCGUUCUUGCAGUCUUUAUGCAGCGAUCAUGAAAGGACCGUUUGGCUAAUUUACGGGUGUAAAAACGAACAACAUUUUCCCUUCAAGGAAGAAAUUGACAAAUUUCUCAACUUGGGAAGUUUAACGAAACUUUCAGUCGCCUAUUCAAGACCAGAAACAGAGGAAGACAUCACCUAUCCCGCAAAUAACAAUGGCAUCAUCGCAAAUAAUAUUUUUAAAGAAAAAAAUUCGCAUCACCAACACAAUAGCAAAGAAGGAUCCCAUAAUAGCGAGCCAUCUUCGAAACACCACAAGGACCUUCCCUAUAUAAACGAUGAUCGACAAAGAUAUGUUCAGGAAAUUAUCUGGAAGGAGCGGCAAACCUUUUCUUCUCUCAUGAUUGGUGAUGGGAAGAAUCCUCAAACUUCAGUUUACAUUUGCGGUGAUCAAUCAAAAAUGGUUCCGGAGCUUCUUGACGCAAUUGCCCGUUCAAUGGAUGCCGUAGGUCAGAGCGAAUGCACGGGCAAGGAUUUGGUAAACCAGUGGACUUCUUUGGGUAGGAUCCUGCGUGAACUUUGGGUCUAA